AUUUAUUUAACCGGUGCUCUUCCAUCGACUUGCAGCCGAGUUCUACGCUUGGAAGUAGUGAGGGUCACCGGGAAUCCCUCUUUCUCGCUUUGAGCAAAGUGAAUGGCAUGCCUUCGCAGUCUUAUUUGCCACGCGGCCAGAAAGAGAGAUUUUGAAGACAACAAUCUCUUUUUGGCACGCCCGGUGGGACCCACUGUGGACUUUCACAAGUUUGUUGAUCAUAUUCUCUAUUACUAGAUUGUGCCACCAUGGCAAGUCCUUAUUUUGAUGACUGCCAGAAGCUCUUCAUCACUCCGUCACAAGCUUCCUCUUAUGUCAAUCCACUUUAUGAUGAGAAGGCAACAACUGACAGUGAAUCUAUCAAAUCACUUGCUGAAAGGAUAGCUAAUUUUGCUGAGGAAUCUAAAAGGCUUCAUGAGGAACGCCUGAGGAGGUUGGAGGAAAAUUUGAAAGUAUGGAAAUUAAAUCAUCCAGAACUUAAAACCCCUCAACCCGAAACUUUGGAGGUGACUUCAACAAGUAUGCCUCCAAGUCAUUCUAAGUCUGCAAAGACUAAUACUAGCAAUAGUCCUCUUACUCCUGGGAGGCAUAAACCAACUCAGGUGCAGACAUGUCAGCCAUCGAUCAAUGAAGGUCCAUCUGAUGGCCAACAAAAAGCUAAUGCUGCUACACAAAAGCCAACACUUUGGCCAGCAUCAAUACAUAAAUCUGAUAAGCCUUGCUUAAGAAGUGUUCGCGGCAACCAUGCUUUCUUAAUGGUCGAAGCCUUCCAAGUUCAAUUAUGGACAAUGGCUGAAGAUUGUGCCACCAUGGCAAGUCCUUAUUUUGAUGAUUGCCAGAAGCUCUUCAUCACUCCGCCAAAAGCUUCCUCUUAUGUCAAUCCACUUUAUGAUGAGAAGGCAACAACUGACAGUAAGUCUAUCAAAUCACUUGCUGAAAGGAUAGUUGAUUUUGUUGAGGAAUCUAACAGGCUUCAUGAGGAACGCCUGAGGAGGAUGGAGGAAAAUUUGAAAGUAUGCAAAUUAAAUCUUCCAGAACUUAAAACCCCUCAACCCAAAAGUGAGGUGUUAAUGGAGGAUUCAAAGAAGUGCCAUGCAACCGCGUCUCCAGGAACUUUGAAGCAGUUUUGCAAAUCACAAAACGUGACAGAGAUGCCAAUUGUAAAUGAAGGUCAGACGAUACUAAGGUCAAAGAGUAACCCCAUGAUCACAGUCGGGGGGCAUGAAUCACAAUUGCAGCGCGCUGUCCAAAGUCAGCAACGCCAUGCAGCUUUGGAGGCGACUUCAACAAGUAUGCCUCCAAGUCAUUCUAAGUCUGCAAAAACUAAUACUAGCAAUAGUCCUCUUACUCCUGGGAGGCAUAAACCAACUCAGGUGCAGAUAUGUCAGCCAUCGAUCAAUGAAGGUCCAUCUGAUGGCCGACAAAAAGUUGAUGCUGCUACACAAAAGCCAACACUUUGGCCAGCAUCAAUACAUAAAUCUGAUAAAGUAUCUACCUCAUCUAUUUCUACUUCUUUUGAGACUAAUGAGCAUAUUUCUUCAGCCUUGCUUAAGAAGUGUUCGCGGCGACCAUGCUUUCUUGAUGGUCGAAGCCCUUCCAAGUUCAAUUAUGGACAAUGGCUGAAAGUGAAAUAUCCUUUUAAAGUCGUUAGUCUGAAGAGGGGAGUCAUUUCCAAUCUCGGGGGGCAACCUAGUCAGAUUGAACAACAAAGGUUGCAAGACCUGAUUGCCAAUGAAGUUCACAAAGCUAUAGAAAAAAAGGUAGCAAGGUUUGUGCCAUUGCAGCCUGAUGCCAAUUCAAGCAUCCAAUCAAUGCCGCCACAGCAAAAGCAUGUGUGCAAGCCUAGUCCACCUCAACAGUUUGCAGACUCAUUGCCCAAGGCCACUCAGGAGGCAUACAGGCCACCAUGUUGUCCAACAUGCCGUAGGCCAUAUUCAAAAAAUAAUGAUUCUUUCCAAAGUGGCUUUCACAAGAAAUUCUCAGAUUUUCCUUGCAGCCACAAGGAUAACAUGGGAGGCGACAUAAGAAACACCAUGCCUUCGCAUCUACCAAGUCGAAGAAAGAGGAAGAAAUCUAAAGACCUCUGUUGGACACCAAUGAAGGAACAAAAGCAACAAACCCAUGUCUCUGAAUGGAGGCACGGGGGGCAUGAUCUCGUAGAAAAGCAUGGAGGCAUGUGCAAAUGCUGCCUCUAUAAACAAAGUCAAUUUAGACAUUGUCGCCAUAUAAACUUGGUGGCCUGCCAAGAGUUCCCUACCCAAAAUCCUAGGACUCUUCGAAGGCGGCUUCAAAAGAAAAGAGCUAAAGAGUGUCGGAGACAUGUUGCCGAGGUGCAUGCUUCCCAAUGGCAACAACCUCCGGGGAAGCAAAGGUUUAUCUGGGUGGAGAAGAAGAAACACAGUGCAGCUUCUCAAGAGGCAAAUCAAAAUUUAGUCAAUGCAAUUGUGUCUCCAAAGAUGUCUGCCAAGUGUGUUCCUUUUAAGUCAAAUGACUCAAAGGCCGCUAAGGAGCUUAAUGUCAGCAGCAAAACAAUUAGCCUUGGCUAUGAACCUGCAACAUGACAUAGCAAAUCUUGACUCUUGAUCGGGCCUUCCUUAGCUUGUGUCUAAAAAAUAGUAGAACCUUUCAUUUGUCUUUGCCAAGCAUUCUCAACGAAACGAGUUCUAAUUUGAAAAUUUUCUAACUCAAUAGUAUAGGUAGAACGGUGUAUUUGAAUAGUCUCUUUUAUUUAUUGUUUUCGUGUAGACUCAUGUUAAUUAAGUUCACUUUUCUUU